GCUGGUUAAGUAGCACCGAGUGCUGUUGCCUAGAUGUUCAUGCCUAAAUGCUGAGUGGGCAUACAAAUGACUAUGUCAGAAAACACAAGAGAUUUGGCAGAAAGGUCACCUACAUCAGACCUCAACAUGGCAUUGCAUGAGUGUAUGGCAGCUCUGGAUUUAUUUCUUAACAACAAGUUCUCGGAUGCUUUGGCUUCUUUACAAGCAAAAACUAAAGAUAGUAUGUAUCAUGCACUGACUUAUGCCACCAUAUUGGAAAUGCAAGCUAUGAUGACAUUUGAUCCUCAGGACAUACUGAAUGCAGGAAACACAAUGAAGGAAGCUCAAGCCACCUGUCAAAAAUUCAGGAAGAAGUCUACAGUAGCUGAUUCUAUCAACAACCUUGUGCAUAGACAAAGCCUUGAACACUUUACAGAAGAGGAAAUCCAUGCAGAAAUUUGCUAUGCUGAAUGUUUACUUCAGAGAGCAGCACUCACAUUCCUCCAGGAUGAGAAUAUGGUUAGCUUCAUAAAAGGAGGCAUCAAAGUCCGAAACAGUUACCAAACAUACAGGGAGCUGGACAGUCUCAUACAGUCUCCACAUUAUGUCAAAGGAGAGAACCAUCUUCAUUUUGAGGGAGGUGUAAAACUUGGAGUUGGAGCAUUUAAUCUGACAUUGUCCAUGUUUCCUGCACGAAUUCUGAGAUUACUGGAGUUUGUUGGAUUUUCUGGAAACAAGGAGCAUGGUCUGCUGCAGCUUCAAGAAGGAGCAUCAUCAUACAGCUUUAGGUCGGUGCUGUGUACCAUGCUGUUGCUUUGCUAUCAUACUUUCAUGACCUUUGUGUUAGGGACAGGAAAAGGAAAUGUUGAGGAGGCAGAAAGACUACUUAAGCCUUACUUGGCUCGUUAUCCAAAGGGAGCCAUAUUCCUGUUUUUUGCAGGCAGGAUAGAAACACUAAAGGGCAAUAUUGAUGCGGCGGUUAAUAGGUAUGAAGAAUGUUGCGAGGCUCAGCAAUAUUGGAAGCAGUUUCAUCACAUGUGUUACUGGGAGCUCAUGUGGUGCUUCACCUACAAGCGCCAGUGGAAGAUGGCUUUCUUCUAUGCAGACCUGCUAAGCAAAGAAAACACUUGGUCAAAGGCUACUUAUAUUUACAUGAAAGCUGCUUAUCUCAGUAUGUUUGGACCAGAUGACUGCAGUCCUUUUGGAGACAGUGAAGUUGAAUUAUUUAGGAUUGUUCCCAGUUUGAAACUGAAAAUUGCAGGGAAAUCUCUGCCUACAGAAAAAUUUGCAAUUCGGAAAGCUCGACGGUAUCUUUCUUCAAACCCCAUUCCUUUGCCUGUUCCACCUUUGGAAAUGAUGUAUAUCUGGAACGGGUAUGCUGUAAUUGGAAAAUGUCCCAACUUAACAGAAGGCAUGUUAGAGACUUUAAUUGAAGCAGAAGAAGCAUUGGCAAGAAGUUCAGCUACAGAAUUACUAGCAGAUGACCAGUGCGUGAUAAAACUGUUAAAGGGCUUAUGCCUCAAGCAUUUGGGCAAGAUCUCAGAAGCAGAAGACCAUUUUAAUUACAUCUAUUUAAAUGAGAAGAAGAUAAAAUAUGACCAUUAUCUAAUUCCAAAUGCCUUGCUGGAGCUGGCGCUACUGUAUCUAGACCAGGAUAGAAGACAGGAAGCAAUAAAGCUACUGGAAAGAGCAAAACAAAACUACAAGAAUUACUCCAUGGAAACAAGAACACAUUUCAGAAUUCAAGCUGCCCUGCACCAAGCCAAAUCCACCCCAGAAAAUGGAAUGCACUCUGGAGCCUCGGCAGUGUCGUAACUUUUUCUUCUUUGAUGUCCUGUUUGUUGCAAACUUUGGUGCAGAGAAUUACUGACAUUUUAGAAUUAUUUUUCCUUCUCUUUCAAGUCAGUGAGAAACCAAAUCAUUUAAAAUUUUAAAGGUGAUGCUUAAGACGUUAAUCUAAUGUAAUAACAUGGCAAAAAAAAAACCCUCUCAAACCAACCAUAACCCUGAAAAUAUUGUUUUUCCAACAGUAGCUUUUGGAAUACUUACAUCUGUGUAAUUCAUUUUUCAAUCAUGUGUGCCUUUCUUGCUUUCACAACAUUUACUAGGCAAGCUACAACAUAAAGAGGAACAACUGCAAAAAAACACAACAACAGAACUUUAAAGAUUCACAGAUUUAAUCUCAGCUAUAAAUGUUUGUUUGAAUUCAUACUGCUAGCAGUUGAGAAGGAAGCAUCACUUUUUCCAAGCACCUAUUUAGUUGAAAUGGUGUGAGAAAAUCUUGGUGCACAAGAAACACAGCAGGGAAGAGCUCUGAAUCCUGGGUGUGUCUAGUUGUGCAUGGAAAGCUUCUGUUUACCAGCUUUUACUAGUCACAUUUUUGCUUCUGUAGGAAACUUGCUGGUGGAAACAAAUGGUCUCCCUUAUGCAAGUAUCUUGACUUUUUAAUUUGGUUUUCAUGUCAAGUCUGCUGCUUGUAUUUGGUUGAAUGAUUUACCAAGGAUUUGGAGGGGGGAAGGUGAUGACAGUAUAAAGCUGCAUCACUUCUUCUUUGACAAGUUUACAAAUGGGAGGACCUUAGGAAACAAGUUUUUUCAUCAGAACAAACAUGAUCUGAAGUUUAUAUCGAAUUUAAAGCACAAGUCCUUGAGAGUCACUUAAGAAACAGCAAAGUUGCACUGUUUGCACAGCAGUACAGGAGUUACUGUGAUAGUCAGUUGCAGUUUAAAACGUUUGUUCUUAGGUUUGCCUAACUUGAGAUGUCCAUGUUUAAGGAGAUUGUAUGGCAACGUUUCCUGCGUUAAGAAGGUUGGAGUAGGCUCCCUUGGCACAGUGCUUUGCUUUUCACAAAGGAGAGCCCGUUCUUUUUGCUCUUUAUUGAUCUUCUGGGGGAAUUUCUGUGUAAGGGGCUUUGAGAAUAGAGCAGAGCUAUGUCUGCUUUCCAGUGCUGUCUGCCAUAGAAUGCUGCUUUUCUGCAAAACUGGUGUAGUCAGAUGUAACACAUAUUUGACUCAUAUUUACUGUUCUCCAGGCUAGCUCCAUGUUUGUAUGCCUGUGGGUUUUUGGGGCACACUUCUACCUCCCUUCUGAAAGAAUUUCUUCCCCAUGACCCAUUCUGGUAUGUGGAGAUGGGAGGUCUUCUGACAGCCCUUUUUCUCCAAUGGAGAUGUUUGUCAGGAAGAUUCAUAUCUAUGUACCUCACAGUGAAUAUUCUUUCUAAAGUGAUUGUUCCCAGCAGAAGAGAAAAUUGACAGUUUAUAGCUCUGCUUUUACCUCCUCUAAGGAAAUUACAUUGUUUUAUAAUUGCAGAUUAAUAUGCAAGAAGACAGAACCACCUAUUCCUCAACAUGGAGAACUUGCAUUGUCUUAAAAAUAGACACCCUUUAUAAAAGUCUUCCCAAGUUAAAAUCAUACAUGAAGAAUGUGGUUUUUUAAAGUGACUUUCUCAGAUAAAUUCAGUUCAGAUAAAUUUCUCAAUUCAGAUAAAAUUCAAUAUAAACAAUUAUGCUAUUUACAUAUUGCACAUCAAAACUUAAGUGUAAAAAUUCAGUCAUUCUUUGUAUAGAAUAAAAAAAAUUCUUGUUCUACUUCAUGCAUAUAACGCCUCUUCUUCCAGUUGUGUCCUUUUCAAAUAUUUUGGCAGUCUUAGCAUUUUUUUAAGCAAGCAAUGCUAUGAAAAUUAGCAUAAAUUGUACUUUGCAGAAAGUGAACAAUCCUUCCAUCUGUAGAUUCAUCUCUCAAGGCCACUGAAACGCUCUUUGAAAUUUCACCCACAACCAAGUUUCGCCUGAUCUUGGAUACAUUGCACAAAGGACAUACUGUGCAGUAUGCAGUUAACUUCCCUGAUUCUUUGCAGCAAUGAAAAUCCAAAGAUUUUCCUAGUUGUCUUUGGUCGAGCACAAACACCAGUCAUAUUGUGGACCUGAUCUCCAGCUUCAGCUGAAGGCUUUUGUAGUUAGCCAUGAUCAAGUAGUCUGUGCUUUCAUGUUGACUUUUCAGCUCCCAACCAAUAGGAAAUAUUCACCUUUCUGAUGCAACAACAAAGAUUUACAGACUGCAAUAUUCUGAACUCUAGAGGAAAAUAACACCUUGCUUGCUAAAGGAUGAAUGGAAGGUCUGGUGCUGUAACUGCAUAUGUUUUUCAGUGUGUUACAUUUUUAAUUGCCUACCAUUACUCUUUGUCAUCAACAUACUUCACUGUGGUGCUCUUCUGUGGCAGGGAUAAGACAACUCAGUGGUGUCAGUCUGGGCUGGAAGGUCUACGCUGGGAUUUUUUUUCCAUGGCCUCUCCUGAAGCUGCUCCAUUCUGCCUGAAGCAGCUCUCCAGAAUGGUAAAUUGCUUCAUCAGUCUGGAGGCCCCAGUACAAUGAAUUAGGGAAAGUACAACUGGUGUGAGUUCAGACAGCUUCAGUGUUCAGUACAUUCACCUACUAGAAAAUAGCAGAUACUCUAAUGGAAUCACAAAUCAAGGAUUUUCAGCAUGACCUAAGAUUCAAGAAACUAAGUACUACUUCAGAUGGAUAUAGUCAAGACCUCAUUUGCGAAGGAGGACUUCCUUCUGCUUGCAAACACUGAAUGGUCUAAAUGCUAGAGAAACUCACUCUGGUCACUAGGCUUUAGCCAGUAAUUGCUGGUAUCAACUCUUCUCAGUCCUCAGCAAAGCCAGAGAAGUUAACCAAAGGCAAACUACUAACUCGUAUAGCAGAAAAUAGUUUUCUACACUUGGUAGGACCUUUAUCAUAAAACUUAUAAACUGUAUUCCUAUGUAUUUUUUUUUAGUAUCACUGAUGAGGGGUUUCCUGUCAGUAGCUGAGGAGGGGUAGAAAUUCAUGCUCAGUUUCCUGAAUGUCUUCAGCAAUUGCCAUGGUGCCCCAUGUGAUAUCACUGUGUCAUCUGAAAGUGGUAGUGGCCAGGAGGGGAAAAACAGUAAAAUGAGCAUCACUUUUAUUGUUAGAUCUGAUAUGGGGAAUCCCUGUAUGUGUGGUCUCUCAUUAAACUGAAGGGAGGAUAUGGGCUGAAAAGCCAGCAGCUUAUACUGAGGUCUAACGAGGUGUAAUUACCUCAACACCUAGCUCCUAUAAAUAACACCAGGUGAGAUAACCUGGUGGGGGAAGAACGAUGGGCUGAAGCUGAACCUAGUCACAGGUUUUCCUGAUGAUCAAAAGAUUUUGAUGAAGUCACAAACAUAAUACAGCUACUAUUAUUUGGAGACACCCACUUAGGAUUGCUCAACUAAGCUAGCAUAGGAACAUGCUUUGAUUUAUUACUGAUACGCAGUUCUAUUACCAUCUGCAAUUAACGUGUUCUGUUGUGGCUGGUUUAAAGACUGCCCCAUCCUGACAGUGCCUCGCCUCAGGUUGUUUACACUGCAGUGAUACAGCAUUCAAAACUUGGCUUAGGAAACUUUGCCUAUGAGAAAAUACAGCAGUAUAGAACCGGAUCAUAUCAAACAUUUGCUCCCAUUUCACACUGGUUUUGGCAUUAAAUUCUAUAUGAAGUUGAGUGCCUUAGUAUUUUUGGUUUAUCUGUGGCCUGGGUCCAAGACUACUAAAAGCUCAUGGGAAUGAUAGCUGUGACAGCUUGCGUGCCUCUGGCCCAAGAGAAGCAUCAAGUAAUGCCCCUCUGUGUGAGACAAGGCUUUCCCAGAGGUCAGUCCCAGACUGCAAAAGCCUCUCUUGGCCAAGAGUUUAAAAACAAGAUUCUUGGCCUCCAGUUCUACCUGUGAGAUGUGUUUCUUUGCCUUCUCAUGCACAAAAACACAGCGGCAAAGCAAAUGUAUAUGAAAUGACCAAAACAAUGCAUUCCACACAGUUCCCCCCUCUGGGAGGAAGAGGAGAAGAUAAAGAGGUGAGUCAUGUUGUUUACUGCUGUACAGGAAAAUGGUUACUGGUUGGAAACGUCACUGAUGAAUGAGAUUGGAAAACCUGAACAGACUAGAAAUGAGGUCGCUUCUUUUCUCAUUAUGUUCUGCAGAUACCUUUUUGUAAUAGAUUAUAUGCAAAGCGUGAAAUGCAGGUAUUUUAACUGAAUGAUUUGUCAUCACAAAAUAUUUUUUUAAAGAUGUUAUCUAGGUUUGCUACAGGUGUUUCUAAAAAUUAUAUAAAUACAAAUACCUUAUUUCAAAAGCAUGCUCAGUCAAUCCCCGUCUCCAAGAUUUAUGAAGAGCAACAGAGCUAAUAAAUAUCUGCAUUGCACUGUGGUAAAGUUCUUCACGGUGUUUGCUCCAAAUUCAACAAUGUUUUUGUAGGACUGGGCUGUGUUCCAUUAUUUUCAGGGUUUUUUACAUCUCUGGACCUACUUACUUUCAUUGCUGGCUAAACAUAGGCAGAAUGUUUAUUUAGAAUUAUGCAUUGCAUUGAAUUCUACUUGCUUUAUCUCUCCUUGACUAUUUUACAGAAAGAAUACAAAACAGAGCAGUUGCACACACACACCCCCACACACACUCUCGUUAUGGGCUGAUUCAAUUCAAAAAAGGGGGAAAAAAAAGUUUAUUUCUAAUAGUCUCAGUAUUGUACAACAGUUUCAGGUCUGUGGCUGAAAAGCAAUGUAGCAAUGUGGUGAGAAAAAGAAGUAGAAGCUGCAGAAUUCUGGACAGUUUUCAUCUCUCGGUGUUCCUUUUAUUCUGUGGAGGUAGGAAACGACUUCCUUGGUGCAGGAGCUGUGUAGGAUGUUUGUCUGCAGUGCUGGAGCCACGGGGGCUGCGCUUGGUGUUGAUAGUGUAGGUGUAGUUCUUGGGUGAGCUGGUGGUUUGUGAAUGUGGUGAUUUUCAUGGUGUUUUGGUACAGGUGGCGGUGUGAGAUGCCUGAAGAGUGCCUCUGCUCCUGCUACACAAAGAUGCAGAAUAGUAACUCUGACAGUUUGCAGCGUUCAGUAAAUCAUUCUAGGGAGGUGAAGCAAUAUCGUUUAGAAGAUACAGUAUAUGGAUCAUGUUCAAUGUCAUCUUCAUCUGGGUACAGUACUGCUGUCAUCACUACCAAGGUUACACAGCCUCCGUUGGGCAGCUGCAAAGUGUUUUUAGAAGCAACCAGCAGGGCCACUUGCACUUCUGGUAUUUCAGUCACAGAACCACAGAAUACCAGGUUGGAAGGCACCUCAAGGAUCAUCUGGCCCAACCUUUGACAAAAACGCAGUGUAGACAAGAUGGCCCAGCAUGCUGUCCCCCUGAACCUUAAAAGCUGGGGGAUCCACCACAUCCCCAGGGAGAUUAUUCCAGUGGCUGAUUGCUCUCUGUGAAAAAUUUGCUUUGGCUUUCGUUCUUACAGCUCGUGGAUACCUGGGUCAGGUUUCUGUUCUGUGAUGCUGGGCUCAUUGCUGAUGCAAAUAAUUCUUGGUAUUUCACAGGAACUGCAGGAAUCUCAUGCUUAGUGCCUUUGCUACAUGUUUAUUUAAAGUGUGUGAUCUGUCACACACACACAUAUAUAUUAAAAAGUAUAUAGAGAUAUACAUAUGUAUACUGACACCCGUUAGCAGGCUCUGUAGCCAAAUCUUUUUGAAAAGUUACCAGAAUUGUUUGAAUUAUUAAAUUCAAAAAUUAAAUUCAAAAAUACAAACAAACCUUUUUUUAGAAAAAAAAAACCUUUGACACAUUUUCAGAUGAUGGCUGAGGAAAAGGGAGGGAGGUUAAGGGCCCUUAGUAAUGGUUUGCUAUGGGAUCAUAAAGGAAAGAGGGUGUGCAGUACAUAGCCUUCUACAAGAAGUGCCCAAACAGGCAAUGUAGCAAGAGCCCUUCAAUGAGGUAACCUCACCAAAAAGCAGUUCUAGGCUGGAGAGGUCAAGGGCAUCAGACAGUUUUUACUCUGGAAUAGCAGAGCUCUGCCUCAGUGGGACAGUGCCUUGGAUGGCACCGUCCUGCUCAGAAAAAGUUUUGGAGUGAGUAAUCUUGUUCUCCUUGAAAUUCUACCUUGUCUGUCUCAAUCUGCUCAGUGUGAAUUCUUGAUUAGACAGGCAGCUACCACUAAUGUGGGAGAGGGCAGGAAAAAAAGAGACUAAAAAGGCAGCUUGUCCGUCUGUUUGCAGUGAGAACCCUGGCAAAAGUGACUGUAGUGAGCAAAAGCAGGGCCUGUUGUGUCCAGGAAAAAUGCCUGGUGUGGACAGCCAGGGCACACGUAGUAUGUGCAGUGAAUCGAACAUCUACUGUUGCGUGCAGUUGUUGAAAUGCCUUAUUUAAAAUAAAGACAAGUGUUUUCCAGAGGUUGGUGCUGCAAAGAAUAGGUUUAUCAAGUUAUUGCUACUUUUUUUCCAACUGAAGAGAACAGAGGUGGUUUGGGGGCUUUUUCUUUGUUUGUAGUGUGGUUGGUCCCCUCUGAAGUACAUACCUGUGCACUGUUAGAAACACGUACAGGCAUUUUCACAAGGUUUUUUUUUUCCAUUACAGAUUACUCUCUGCAGCUUUUACUUAGCUAAGUGUCAGUGCAGAGCUGAUAUUCUAAUACAUCAGUUGCUAGCAUGCAAAUAGUUAUUUCUUCUGCUUAAAUCAAAAAGAUGUUUUUGGAGUGUGUUUAGACUGUUCUUUUCAUCAAAAGGCAUUAACUUUGCAUUUCACACCAAAAAUUCCAAAGCCCCUAACUCUUACCCCGGAACAGGUUUAAAUGUAAGAUAAUCUGCAAAGGACGGUUAGCAUAAAUUAUAUUCUUCAAAAUUAAAUGCUAUAUAAAAUGACAACUUAAUCUUUGAAGCUAAUUUUUAAUCUGGGUAUUAAGUCAAGAAGGGUUCUUCUGGACAGAUUUUAUUCAUGUUUUUUAUAGGUUAUCAACUAGUAUGUUAUGUUUUUAAUAAAAAUGUGGUGUCUGUAAUAAACUGUAUUUGUAAUCAACUAGCAUCCACUUUGUUUCUAAAUCCAUUUUAAUCCAGGAUUUAACUGAUGAGAGGCCUUGUAUGUUUGGUUUCAGCCAUCUUGUUAUUUAUUUAACUGUCAGUCUGACUCAGAAGAAUUUUCAUCCUUACCACGAUUGCACAAGGACAGGAAAUGUCGAAGUCUUGAAACUGUGGCAACUUAAGUAAGUUCAGGUAUUUCAUAAUCCCUUAGCCUAGAAACGUACGCUUCUGCCCCUGCAAAGAGAGGACUGUCAGCCUUCCAAACACGUAAUUGCUUUCAGCCCUGGGAAGCUGCAAGACAGUAGGACCUUUUAAAAACCUUUGUGGUUAGGGCUCUUCUAGAACACUAGGUCCUCACAAAGAAAUUCUGUGGGCUUUUUUUUUGUUUACAUACAAAUUUUCUGAUUCUCUCCCGGAUUUACAUAAUGAACUGGCAACAAGUAAUAAGGAUUAUCAUCCUUAGAUGUAAAAUGAUUGAAGUGGUAAUUCCACUCGCAUGCAAGGAUUAAGCAUAAACAUCUUUAUAAAAUUGAGUAUUCGUUACUUGUUAUUGCAUCUCUUUUACCUAAGAUUUGUGGGAAAUCUUUCUUGUGCUCUAUGAGACAAAAGCCAUUUUCUACUAUAAUCUGCAGCUGUAACCAAACAAUUUCCCUGGCUGUACAAGCAUCUCGGAUGUCAGCCAUGCCCUUGGUCCCUACCUGCGCUCUUUCUGUGGCACUUCUGGGGCAACUCUGUGUCUUUUAAUGGGAUGGCAGUUGCUAGGAGAGGCAGCAGUGUCUGGCACUGAUGAGGUGUGGGGACUUUCACACUCACCCUCUCUAGUGCUGCUGCCUGAAACUGCAGAGGAUUGAGCUUGAUGAGCUAUUUCUGGGUCUGUGCCUUCUACAGUACAAAGAGCGUUGUUGCACUGAAUGUUUUCAUCAUCCUGUGUAGUCCUUACAAAAUGCUUUAAAGCAACAUGUUUUGAUGACUGUUGAUGCACUUACAAACUUGGUUACUUAGAGUAGCUGUAAGAAUUUUUUUUUUCUUCAAAAAUUGCUUUGCAGGCAUUUUACUAUGAAACAAGGGCUAGGGGUGAACAAGUCCCAGUGAGCAAGAGCUGCAGCAGACUCAGGUUAGGAAACAGCUGUGCUGUAAAUGGACUGUCUAAUAUGAUAAUUUAUUAGACACCUCUGAGACAGGAGGCAAAUAUUCUCUUCAUCUUACAGAUGGUAGAAUUAAGACACAGAUCUGGUUUCACAACUCUUGCUAAAAUUCAGGUUACACGUUGUUUUGCAUUAAGGUCAGAUCAAUUUUUUUUUUGAAUUAGAAAUCAUCCAGAACAGCAUUGCACCUAAAAACUUGAAAAAAUCAUUUGAUUUAUUUGUUAUAUUUACACAUUUGUCUUUAAGCUAAAAUUUUAACUUUUUGGCAUGGUUUUGUGUAUUCAACUCUAGUUUUAGCCCUUCCCACCUUUUCGCUAUUUAACAAGUAUUUUAAUAAAAGUAAUUUUUUCUCUUAGCCCAGUAAGUAUCUCAAUCAGUGUUAAAAGUUCAGCUGUACAAAGUGCCUAGAAAAGCAUUCAGCUCAGUAAUCGGUCACUUCAUAUUUCUUUCAGAUGUUUCUUAAGUCUUGUAAUAAAUAAAGACUAAUACCAACAUGACAAUGCUGUUUUUUGAAAUUGUUCAUUUGCCAGUUAUAACAAGAAAUUAAUACUUAACGUGGACAUUGUUUUACCAAAAAAAAAAAAAGGAUAAACCAAAUCCCCAAAA